CCUCCUCACCCAGUCGCUAUUAGCCAAAGCGGCGGAGUAAAAAAAGAUGGCGGCGGGUUCGGAUCUGCUGGAUGAGGUUUUCUUCAACAGCGAGGUGGACGAGAAAGUGGUGAGCGACCUGGUGGGCUCCCUGGAGUCCCAGCUGGCGGCCAGCACGGCCCACCACCACCACCACCCCCACAAAACGCCGGAGAUCCGGGCCGCAGCCGCCGGGGCGCUGGGGAACCAUGUUGUGAGCAGCCCUGGAGGAGCCGGAGUAGUAGGAGCCGCCGCCGCCGCCGCCGCCAAUGCCCAGACGGAGAGCAGCAAAAUGGGACUGGCCCAGGAGAUCACAAAAGCAGGGGCCGGAGGAGUACAAGGAGGUGUUAUUAAUCAUAACACGACCAGGUCUCCGGGUUCGGCUCUGCUGGAUGGAACCUCCUCAUCCUCCUCUUCCUCGUCGUCCUCCUCCUCCGGGGGCGGCGGGGGCGGGGGCGGGGGCGGCGGGGGCACCGGCGGCAGUGCCGCCACCGUCGCCGCCAGCAGCGCUCCCGGGCCCGCCGCCGCCGGGGCCGCCUCUCCCGGGGCCGCCGCCGCCGCCGCCGGGGCCCAGGGCAAAUCGGUGGUCAUCAGCAGCACCAUGGCAACGGCCCUGUCCUCCCGAAACGGCAAAAUCGGGCCCGCCGGCACCACCCCCGCCGCCGCCCCCACCGCCCCCACCACCACGGGGCAAACUUUGAAUGGGAGUAACGUCGUGAUGAACUCUCACCAUUCAGGAAGUGCUGUCGCUUUUGCCGGGACUCCCGCCGCCGCCCCCGCCCCGGUCACCCUCGUCAACAACGGACCCGGCUCGGUAGUGCUGCCGCUGGGCAAGGCCAACGCCGUCAACGCCGUCCUGCCCGCGGCCUCCUCGAACACUGUCAUCCAGACCUCCCCCUUCCUCAGCCCCGCCGUGUCGUCGUCGUCGUCCUCGUCCUCGUCCUCGUCGUCGUCGUCCUCUCCCGCUCCCACGGUGAUCUCCUCCUCGCAGCCGCCGCCGCCGUCCAGCCUGGGGAGCGGGGCGGCCUCGGUGGCCCUGGUCAGGCCGCCCCUCCACCCGGCGGGACCCGCCGCCGCGCCCGCGGCCGCUCCGGCGGCCGCCGCCGCCCCGGUGGCCGUCGCCCCCGCCGUCGCCCCGGCGGCCGCGGCCACGCAGAACGGGAGCGGGACCAAUACUGUGAUCAAUUCGACCAUCGGCGUGGCCCCCGCCGCCGCCCCCGCCGUGGCCGCCGUGGCCGCCGUGGGCUCCGGCGGGGUUGCCCUCCAGUCGCCCAUGGCGAACAGCCAGCCCGGCUCCGGGGUGCCGGUCGCCGCCGCCGCCGCACAGGUCAUCAAGUCAGAGUCCCCUAAAACCAUCGUGCAGGCCGUGCCUCAGCAGCCAACGCUGGCGACCGGCGGCCAGCCCGGCGCGGGGGGCGGCAUGAUCAUUGGGCAAACUAUGCAAGGGGGACUCCCCAAUCCUAGCGGGUUAGCGCCUCCUCCCCCUCCUCCAGCCCCCGGGACCCCCACGGGGAUGGCCAAAGGCACUGCCAACACGGUGGCGCAAAGCAUGCCGAGGACGCCGACGGCUACCACUGGUGGCAUCCGGGCCACUUUGACUCCUACGGUAUUAGCGCCCCGUUUGCCUCAGCCUCCUCAGAAUCCAACAAAUAUUCAAAACUUUCAGUUACCCCCAGGUAUGGUCCUUGUGCGCAGUGAGAAUGGGCAGUUGUUAAUGAUUCCUCAGCAAGCUUUGGCCCAGAUGCAGGCUCAGGCUCAUGCCCAGGCCCAGCCUCAGAACACCAUGGCACCUCGUCCUGCCACACCCACAAGUGCCCCCCCAGUCCAGAUAUCAGCGGUGCCGGCACCAGGAACACCUAUUAUUGCCAGGCAAGUAACGCCUACAACUAUAAUCAAACAAGUGUCUCAGGCACAGACAACGGUACAACCCACUACAACACUACAGCGUCCACCUGUUGUACAGCCUCAAAUUGUCCUGGGUGGUGCUGCACAGACAACUGCAUUAGGAACAGCAACAGCUGUACAAACUGGAACUCCUCAGAGAACUGUUCAAGGAGCAACGGCAACUUCUACUGCUGCCACAGAAACCAUGGAAAAUGUGAAGAAAUGCAAGAAUUUCUUAUCUACGUUAAUAAAACUGGCAUCAUCUGGUAAACAGUCAACAGAGACUGCAGCUAAUGUGAAAGAACUAGUACAAAACUUGCUGGAUGGAAAAAUUGAAGCAGAAGAUUUUACUAGCAGGUUGUACCGAGAACUUAAUUCUUCACCUCAACCAUACCUUGUGCCUUUCCUGAAGAGGAGUUUACCUGCCUUGAGGCAGCUAACCCCAGACUCGGCGGCUUUUAUCCAGCAAAGUCAACAGCAGCAGCCCACGACACAGGCAACGACAGCACUUACGGCAGUGGUGCUGAGCAGCUCAGUUCAGCGCACAGCAGGGAAGGCCACCGCAACUGUAACAAGUACCCUUCAACAACCGGUAAUCAGUCUAACGCAGCCUACACAAGUUGGCGUCGGCAAACAAGGGCAACCAACACCACUGGUUAUCCAACAGCCACAAAAACCUGGGGCUUUGAUAAGACCUCCACAGGUAACAUUGACACAAACCCCUAUGGUAGCACUGCGGCCGCCGCACAAUCGUAUUAUGCUUACUACGCCUCAACAAAUUCAGUUAAACCAACUUCAGACAGUUCCUGUUGUAAAACCUACUGUAUUACCUGGAACCAAAGCUCUUUCCACUGUUUCAGCACAAGCCGCUGCCGCACAGAAGAAUAAACUUAAAGAACCAGGGGGAGGCUCCUUUAGGGAUGAUGAUGACAUUAAUGAUGUUGCAUCAAUGGCUGGAGUAAACUUAUCAGAAGAAAGUGCAAGGAUAUUGGCAACCAAUUCUGAAUUAGUGGGUACAUUAACCAGGUCUUGUAAAGAUGAAACUUUUCUCCUUCCAGCACCUUUACAAAGAAGGAUAUUAGAAAUAGGUAAAAAGCAUGGAAUAACAGAAUUACAUCCCGAUGUAGUAAGUUACGUAUCGCAUGCAACGCAACAAAGGCUACAAAACCUUGUAGAAAAAGUAUCGGAAACUGCCCAACAAAAGAAUCUCUCUUAUAAGGAUGAUGACAGAUAUGAGCAGGCAAGUGACGUCCGGGCACAGCUCAAAUUCUUUGAACAACUUGAUCAAAUUGAAAAACAGAGAAAAGAUGAACAAGAAAGGGAAAUUUUGAUGCGAGCUGCAAAGUCUCGAUCUAGGCAAGAAGAUCCAGAGCAACUUAGGUUGAAACAGAAGGCAAAGGAGAUGCAGCAACAAGAGCUAGCUCAGAUGAGACAAAGGGAAGCCAAUUUAACAGCAUUAGCUGCAAUUGGUCCUAGGAAGAAAAGGAAAGUGGAUUCUCCGGGACCUGGAUCGGGAACGGAGGGAUCUGGCACAAGCGCAGCAGUCCCGGGCAGCUCUGGAGUCGGAACCACCAGACAGUUUACGCGACAAAGGAUAACGCGGGUCAACCUCAGGGACCUCAUAUUUUGUUUAGAAAACGAGCGAGAGACAAGCCAUUCACUAUUGCUAUACAAAGCAUUCCUUAAGUAAAAUGGAAAAGAUCAAGGUAUUUUUGAUGGAGACGCCUGGGGACGUUUUUAUAUAUUUGCAGAUUACGCCUUUUUGUAACAAGCAAAUGGGAUAUUGUUUAAAAAACAACCACCUCUUUACACGGAACAGUUUUAUAUUCCUGUUUAUAAAUCAGCUCUUCAGUCUGAGAGAAAAAUACAUUUCUGUAACAGUGAAAAUACUUACAAGGCCUGUGGAUUCUGUUAAAGGACAAUUAAAUCUUAACUCAUCUUUGAUUGAGUGGCCUUCUUGCCAAACAAGCCAUAUAUAAAGACUGAUGGAAUCGUUUAGCAAAUAAUUAGCUAUCCUUUGUCAGACCUGUAACAGUUUCAACAUUAUUUGUGCAUUUUAGUUGUUCAACUCAACUAAACUAAUUACAUAGGUAUAUAUGUCUACAGCCGAUGACCUCAUUUCAUUUUUUAUUUUUAUUUUUUUAAAUAGUCAGUUGGCAAAGCAAACUGAUUUUUAGAUUAUUUAUCUUGCUCCCCUCUCCCCAAUGUUCAAAUUCUAGAGGAAUACUCAAUUUUAGAAACAUAACCUCAGUUUGUAAUCACAUUACUGCUUAUUAGAGGCCCUGAGAGUCCAUAAAGGAGGGUUCCUUCUGAAUGUGUUAUCAGCAUCUGUAAAAAUGCAUUUUAUUUGCUAUAGUUUGUAAAGCUGUAAAGUUAAAAGAAAAAUGAAAACCUUUUCAGCAUAAAUAUAUUUUACUUGCACUGUGUUUUUUUAGCUAAAAAGUGAAAGCUUAGAUUAAAUGAAAUCAAAGUUGAGAGGAAUCAUCAAAAGACUGUUUCUCAGUGUGAAUCAAGUGUUGAAAAAUGGUUGGUGUAUUUUGUCAGUAAUUGUACAUAAUUUUUGGCACAUAACAUAAAAAUGGCUAUGUAAACUAUAAUUAUUUUGCUAAAAGACUGUAUGCAAGCUGUGGGCCAACUUUAAAGAUGUCCAGAGCAAAGUCCCUUCUUUGUACCUAUUUUUUUAUUACAAAUAUACUAAUUGGUUCUUUAUAUUUUCAGAGGUUAUUGUAUUAAAUUGUCUAUUGAUAGUACUUUUAUGACUGUAAAUACUUUGGCUUUGUUUGUGUGACUUCUCAUGGUAGAAUUUAACUCUCUUGCGUGUAAACUGAAUGCUGAUCAGUAUUUUUAUCAACACCUGACAACUGUUACACCUUUUAUUUUGUCUUUUAGGAAAUCCUGUCUUUCCAUUUUUUCAUGUAAAUUUUGCACAGUUACUUGUUCAUAUGUAAAUAUUUUACUUUCAAAAAUGAAGUUUUUAAUUGCUAUUGUUUUAUAUAGGAUUGAAAGAAAAUUAACUCCUUUAUUAAAAACAAAUUUAUCUGUAUUUAUUCUGUUUAUUUUUGCUCCCUCCCUACAGCUUUCAUUUUUUUCCCUUUCCCCAACUGCAAACUCAGCUGGUGGAGGCUCUAAAUUUAGUUCAGAGUAUGUAUUUUUUGGUUUGUUUGCUUAAGUUCCUUGCUUUGACAGUGGGCUAUGUCACUAACCCCUGGGCCGAAAGCCACUGUGAUUGAUGUUAGGAGAAAGGAAGAGUCGUGCCAAAAAGUUGAGUAACUUUUAGAAGACCAGCUCUUGUUCUGCUAUGAUAAUACCACAGUAAACAGCAAGCCACUCUUUCAGAGGCAGAUGUACUGUUGAGCUAUAUUCAUCUUCUAAUGUAACAAAAUGGAUAAUUCUUAUGCCCAAGGGCAUCACUGUCCUGUAUGGGAAUAAGAUUUUGUAAGAUGUAUGAUGGGUUUGUAAAUUAUUUUUUUCCUUCUGAAAAUUCAGUAUUUGUGGUCACAGUCUAUCUUAUAGUCACAUUUUAUUCUAAAUUACUACUUUAGUAACCUGGCUACCCAGAAUUGUCUAUGAAAUUGGACUCAGAGUCUGUGCCAGACCUCUCUAAAAAAAAUUAGUUGUAUGUCAAACCAGCUGGCAAAAAUAGCACAUUUUGAUCCUAACUGGCCUAGGCUUAGACCAGAUUGAAGCUGGCCAACAAAAUACUUGGGCCUCGAUUAUCAAGAUAUUUCAGACCAAUAGCCCAUUUGGGGUAUGAAUUAUUUGGGUAAUUGAGGCCAGACUAUUUUUAGACUUCAAUUAUCCAUAAAACUGGGUGUAUGUAAUCAUGGUUAGAAUUAUUACCUGCCACUGUGAUAAAGAUUUAAAACUAUUUUUUAAUUAGGUGUAUUAAAGUUAAUUUGAAAA